AUGAUUAGAACUAUAUUUGGUAGGAGAGCGUUCUCAGUGAGCCGAGCGGUGCAGUCUCAUGUGGGGUCUAUGCCUAUUUAUGUUGCGCCGGAGGUGAACGUUUCCAUUGGGCCUAUGAGCGUGGCCAAGACUAUCAGGAAAGGUAGAGGGCUUCUUUCGCUUGCCCAGGUUAUAUCUGUGGAAGGUCCUAAGGGGACUCUUAAACUUGAAGUCCCAGAUUUCAUCUCGAUGGAAAAGGACAAGGAUUCUGGGAAAGUGACGAUCUCUGUAAAGGAUAAUGAAAGCAAGUUGCAGAAAAGUAUGUGGGGGACAGUAAGAUCGCUUGUAAAUAAUCAUAUUGUAGGUGUUACUGAGGGCCAUAUGGCGAUACUGAAGUUUGUCGGUACUGGUUACGGUGCACGUUUGGAAAAUGACGGUAAGUUUGUGAAUAUUAAAGUGGGGGCCUCGAUAAAGCAAGGUUUAGAUGUACCCGAGGGUAUCACAGUGAAAUCUCCAUCACUAACUUCAUUAAUUAUCGAAGGUAGUGACAAGCAACAGGUACUACUCUUUGCAGCCAAACUAAGAGACUUCCAUCCACCUGAGCCUUAUAAGGGUAAAGGAAUAUAUGUGAAUGGCGAAACGAUCAAGUUGAAGGCAAAGAAAAUAAAAUGA